CGGAAGUAUAGUGCAGUGUUUUCAAAGCAAGUCACGCACGUGUUGAAAAAAUGGUCCGAUUUAAAUCAAGGUAUUUGCUCUGCGAGGUCUGUGUACCUGAACGGAACAGUCUUCAGUUGUUGGACGAGAGAGCCAUUCACCACACACUCAGAGCAGCCGUCAACCGAGCACACGGAGACUACGGGUCAGCGCUUUUUAACAUAGGUGUUAAUGUGAAAUACCUGAAUGCCCUCACUGGAGUGGUCUUUAUACGCUGCAGGAAAGCGCACUAUAGGCUCAUCUGGUCUGCACUUCCUUUCAUAACACACCUUGAGAACAGAGGUCAGCCUCAGAACGUGCAAUGCUUCUUCAACUGCAUACAUGUAGGAGGCACAAUUAAAACAAGUCAGAAGUUUCUCGCUCAGUACAAUAGACAGCAACUCCACAGAAUGCUGCUAGACUGCAACACAGAUGCUGAAAAACAACAUGUCAGAAGAGCAAUCCUAAGUUGUUCACUGGGUAAUGUCAAAGGGGAGGAGGCAGAGGAUGAAGAAGGCAGCGAAGAUGACGAUGAAUAAACCUAAAACCACCAAUAACAAGUUACAGUUGUGGCUGCAAAUAAUGACAUGAAACAAUUGUGUUACCAUGAUUGGAAAAAUCUUGAAUAUGUUAUAAAUAUGAACAGUAAAUAAAUUGUUAACAGAUAUUUUUGUUAGUGCAAGUAAUGGGAUAUUCAUAUUAGUUCAUUGAUUUCAUUUUAUUUGUGAACUUGUUUCAUUUAUACUGUUAUUUGUAAAUAAUUUUCUUAUUGCAGAGAUAUUACUACUAUUAUGUAUAGAAAAUGUGUAUUAUGUGUGAUUUAAAAAUUUUGUUAUGAUGGAAACCACUCGGUUACUAUAUUCAACAAACAGUCGUUUAGUAAACAAAAUAAAGCAUAAUUAAUCUUAAAAGUCAA